AGCAGGCUUUGAGGAAAUUCCCGGAAAUUGCAAUUGUUAGUGGCGACCUCGCAGAGCCAGGAUUCACUUCGAAGCUAAAAUGAAGAUCAAACAAUUGUUAGGACUCAUGCUAUUAUGGUGCAUCGAUGAGUGUUACGGCCAAGGUAUCACUAUAGUCAACAACUGUACUUGUAAGACAUUCGAUGGAGGAAUCUACAGCUUGAUGCCGCUGCGUAGAACAGACGGAAAACCAAGGUUUUUGAUUGCUGGCAAGAAAUAUCCUGGUUGGCGAUACACGUACAAUCCUUGUACGCCUGUAGAUGUGGGAGAACAUGAUCCUGAUGCCGAUCCUCACAAAAUAUGUCGAGGUGUUGCUAUUUGCAAAUACGCCGAGAUUGAAAAACCGCGCGAGUACUUUGAGGUUGGUUUGCAAAAAGACAUCAUGUGUGACAUAAACCAAGAAGGACAGAUAGAGCUGGUGUAUAAGACCAACGAUCCUAGUAUCGACAAUCCACAUUCCAGAGUGGUGUUCCUGUGCGAUGAGUCAGCUACAGAGCCAGAUUUUGAAACCGUGGAUGAAGACAACUAUAUUUUUUCCAUUAAACAUUACUGCGCCUGUCGAAACCGCUGCCCGGCUUUGUAUAAGUCAACAUCGGUUUCUUCUUCUGGCUCAAUGGGAGCAGAAGUUCAGUUGAAGACUUCCACAACAGAUCAUAAGAACGGGACAGGAACCACUUUGGCCGUGAUGGGAGUUGCGAUAGGAGCGAUUGCCGCAGCUUUAAUCGGAGUAGUUGUGUGGCGAAAAUUUCAAGCCCGCGGGGAAAGUCAAGAAGCACAGCAACUUAUGGAUUCUUGUGAAAUUUAGCUGUUAAGAAAUUUCAUUUUAAAAGCCAUAAUACCAUCACAUUUUUCCAUUUAUUCUUUAGAAGUAUGUCUAAGAAACUUUCCUCUUCACAGAGGUGUGAGCAUUACCGCUACGCAAAUAAAGCGUAAAGACUACAGAUUGAGAUCCUGACAAGAAGUAAAAAGCGUAAAACUUGCACGUUUAUUAUCAUUGUUACACAGGGUGAUCUUUGCUUACACCAGCGUUCCUUGAUAGAUAAAGUAACAAAUGCAUCAAAUAUUAAAAACAACCUUAAUUUGCUCAGACCAAUACAAGGAUAAGAUAAAUGAUAUCCAUAAAUGGUAGCUACAGUAACUUCUUAGUAAUCUACAAGAAUAAGCAUUAAAUUGGAAAAAGCGUCUUCCUUCCCCUUAUAGAAUUGGUUUGGUAAUCCGCAAUGACCUUCUUUUAUUUUUCACCUUCAAUUCAACCAAAUAGGUGUAAUAUGGCCGACAUAAAAUUGCUAUUUUUUGUCCAUUGACAUCUUAAUGUUACAGGUUAUGAGUCUGCAAAAAUACUCGUUUACUUAAGUCACAUUAACAUGUGCAAAGAGCCCCGCAAAUUUACUUCUUGUGCUCAGCUCUCCUAAGGAUUUCGAUUAAAGUACAAAAAAUCA